CUAUCGUGGAUCUUAGUGAUGCAGAGGACGAGGUUACCAAUGAACAGGAACCGGAGCCAUCCACCCGACCGAAGAAGAAACUGAAAACUCAUCAAACUGAAAAACGAAAGAUGCAGAGGAAAAGAGGCAGGGGCAAGAACUCGUCUAAUCUAUCGGAAGUUGAAAGCCCUGAAAGUGGACAGAUUGCAGAUCUUAAAAGAUGGAUAGUAAGUCAGAAUGAAUUGCUCCUGGAUAAGAUUAAGACCGAGUUGGACAAGAGAUUGGGCGUAUACCAACAGGACGAAGAAGAUGACGGUGUACACCAGUCAAAAGAAGAUGGGGAACAGGAUGACGAAGGACAGAAUCCAAAAAAAGAUGGUCAGAAGCCGGAUGAAGAUGAAGACGAAGACGAAGAUGGAGGUGAAGAAGGAGGUGAUGAUGGUGCACAGUCUAGUGUACGCCAUGAUGAUGGUGUACAAGUGUACACCAGAAAGAAAGAGAUGAUGAAGAAGGGACCUAUACUUACUACGGCGGGGACCAUUAUUCUCCCAAGGACCAUGCUAACUUGAAGACUCCAGAAGCUCUGACGAAGACCCCUGAACCUGAACAAGCCAAUUCAGGAACAAGUCGCCCACCUUCUUACUCCGUCAAUCCGGAUGAAGAUCCACCUUCUGGCCCCAACGAGGUGGAUGAUGGUCGAAUAAAUUUAGGGUCAGGCAUCUUAGUAGUCUACAAACCUCAGACUGCUCACCCAUUGAGUUACG